GGAGGACUCCUCGGACUGCGCGGAACAUGGCGUUCUGGGGUUGGCGCGCCGCGGCAGCCCUCCGGCUGUGGGGCCGGGUAGUUGAACGGGUCGAGGCCGGGGGAGGCGUGGGGCCGUUCCAGGCCUGCGGCUGUCGGCUGGUGCUUGGCGGCAGGGACGAUUAUUAAAGGUGGAAGAAGGCCCAUAUCUUUUUCUGUGGGUGCUUCAAGUGUUGUUGGAAGUGGAGGCAGCAGUGACAAGGGGAAGCUUUCCCUGCAGGAUGUAGCUGAGCUGAUUCGGGCCAGAGCCUGCCAGAGGGUGGUGGUCAUGGUGGGGGCCGGCAUCAGCACACCCAGUGGCAUUCCAGACUUCAGAUCUCCGGGGAGUGGCCUGUACAGCAGCCUCCGGCAGUACGAUCUCCCGUACCCCGAGGCCAUUUUUGAACUCCCGUUCUUCUUUCACAACCCCAAGCCCUUUUUCACUUUGGCCAAGGAGCUGUACCCUGGAAACUACAAGCCCAACGUCACUCACUACUUUCUCCGGCUGCUUCAUGACAAGGGGCUGCUUCUGCGGCUCUACACGCAGAACAUCGAUGGGCUUGAGAGAGGUGAGCCCUCUGUGAGUCGCACACAUUCUUUUUCUCCCACGGAGGCUCGGGUGCCUGUUUCUCCCAGGGAGGCUCGGGUGCCUGUUUCUCCCAGGGAGGCUCGGGUGCCUGUUUCUCCCAGGGAGGCUCGGGUGCCUGUUUCUCCCAGGGAGGCUCGGGUGCCUGUUUCUCCCAGGGAGGCUCGGGUGCCUGUUUCUCCCAGGGAGGCUCGGGUGCCUGUUUCUGGGGACGGCCAAAACCUAUCGCUUAUGCUUCUUCCUUGGGACUUUUUUUGAGCCAACUAGUUAGGGCUUUGUUCCCAAGGAAAAUGUCCUCUGGGUGUUUAAAGGCCACUGCUUGUUCUCCUGCAUACCUGCAGAGCUGUGUCUUUUGGGCAGAAGUUGACAUUGUUUUGCCAAUCUGGUGUGAUGAUCUCUUUUUUUCUUCUCUCUUUUAAGAAGCGUAUUACGGAAUUUUUUUGAGCACACACAAAGAGAGCAAUGUAACGAACCGUCCUGUCCUCAUCACCAGCACACAGCCAGUCCUUCCUGCGUCCUCACCACCUUCUUCCAAAUCCCCAGAUUAUUUUGAAGCAAAUCUCUCACAUCAUGAAUUUAAUCUAGAAAUAAUCUAUAAACACAUGAAUGGAUAGCUCUAGAGAAUACUUUAAAAACAACUCCGGCCAGGUGCUGGAUUACAGGUGUGGGAUCACACCUGUAAUCCCAGCAUUUUGGGAGGCCGAGGCUGGUCUUGAACUCCUAGCCUCAAAUGAUCUGCCCACCUCAGCCUCCCAAAGUGCUGGGAUUACAGGCGUGGGCCACUGUACCCGGCUGGAUAUAAUUUUAUUUGAGCUUUUAUCAAAUGGUUUUUCAUACUGAGUUUUGACAGGCUUUGUUUUAACCGUGAUUUGGCUCCAGCUAGGCGCCCCUUUGCUCCCCUGCCUUAUUCUGGUUGAUGGCUCAUGUAGGUGAUACGGGCAUGAAAACCAGGCUUGAGGACAUCACAACCCCAAGGGGCUGUGCCUCCUUCCAGGAGUCCUGCCAAGCCCAGAAGUUGUGCUCUUGGCCUUGCGUGCUCAUCUCGGAGGCGGCAGCAACACUUCGCUUUGGCUUGAAUUUCAGUGUCGGGCAUCCCUGCCUCAAAGCUGGUUGAAGCUCAUGGAACCUUUGCCUCUGCCACCUGCACAGUCUGCCAAAGACCCUUCCCAGGGGAGGACAUUCGGGCUGACGUGAUGGCAGACAGGGUUCCCCGCUGCCCGGUCUGCACCGGCGUUGUGAAGCCCGACAUUGUGUUCUUUGGGGAGCCGCUGCCCCAGAGGUUCUUGCUGCAUGUGGUUGAUUUCCCCAUGGCAGAUCUGCUGCUCAUCCUUGGGACCUCCCUGGAGGUGGAGCCUUUUGCCAGCUUGACCGAGGCCGUGCGGAGCUCAGUUCCCCGACUGCUCAUCAACCGGGACUUGGUGGGACCCUUGGCUUGGCAUCCUCGCAGCAGGGACGUGGCCCAGCUGGGGGACGUGGUUCACGGCGUGGAAAGGCUAGUGGAGCUUCUGGGCUGGACAGAAGAGAUGCGGGACCUUGUGCGGCGGGAAACUGGGAAGCUUGAUGGACCAGACAAAUAGGAUGAUGGCUGCCCCCACACAAUAAAUGGUAACAUAGGAGACAUCCACAUCUCAAUUCUGACAAGACCUCAUGCCUGAAGACAGCUUGGGCAGGUGAAACCAGAAUAUGUGAACUGAGUGGACACCCGAGGCUGCCACUGGAAUGUCUUCUCAGGCCAUGAGCUGCACUGACUGGUAGGGCUGUGUUUACAGUCAGGGCCACCCUGUCACAUAUACAAAGGAGCUGCCUGCCUGUUUGCUGUGUUGAACUCUUCACUCUGCUGAAGCUCCUAAUGGAAAAAGCUUUCUUCUGACUGUGACCCUCUUGAACUGAAUCAGACCAACUGGAAUCCCAGACCGAGUCUGCUUUCUGUGCCCAGGUGAACGGCAAGCUCGGCAUCUGUUGGUUAGAAGAUCCAGACUUGGGCCGAGCAGCCCCCAGCCCUCUUCAUGUUCCAAAGUGUAGUCUUGAGGCCCUGGUGCCGCACUUCUAGCAUGUUGGUCUCCUUUAGUGGGGCUAUUUUUAAUGAGAGAAAAUCUGUUCUUUCCAGCAUGAAAUACAUUUAGUCUCCUCAAAGGGA